GACGCCUGCAGAGCCCCGCUGCUGGUGCAGCAGUGGCUGAGGCAGCGGGUGCUGCUGCAUCCGGACCUCCUGCCUCAGAGUCUCCUCCUAGUCUCCGGGUGGGGAGGUGGGACGUGGCCAGGCCAAGGUUGUGGUAGUGCGCAGUGCCCGCUGCGGCUUGGGGGGAAUUGAGGCUGAGGCCUGUCAGAGCCAGUCAGGGAGGCGCCCACAGUCCUGACAGGAUAAGAUGGCGGCGAUGGCGCCUGGAGGUGGUGGCAGUGGUGGCGGCGGUGUGAAUCCAUUCCUCAGCGAUUCGGACGAGGACGACGACGAGGUAGCGGCGACCGAGGAGCGGCGGGCAGGACUUCGGCUGGGUUCCGGGAGCGGCCUAGAUCCUGGCUCUGCGGACUCGCUGUCGCCCCAGGAUCCCGUGGCCUUAGGGAGCAGUGCGCGGCCAGGGCUCCCUGGGGAGGUGUCGGCGGCUGCGGUGGCACUGGGGGGCUGUGGGGAGACCCCUGCCCGCUUGUCCAUUGACGCGAUCGCGGCUCAGCUGUUGCGCGAUCAAUACUUGCUGACCGCUCUGGAGCUGCACACCGAGCUGUUAGAGAGUGGCCGCGAACUGCCUCGGCUGCGCGACUACUUCUCCAAUCCGGGCAACUUCGAGAGGCAGAGUGGGACCCCGCCGGGGAUGGGGGCGCCGGGGAUCCCUGGAGCAGCUGGCAUUGGAGGCGCAGGAGGUCGGGAACCGAGCACGACGUCUGGCGGGGGACAGCUCAAUCGAGCUGGGAGCAUCAGUACUCUUGAUUCUUUAGACUUUGCAAGAUACUCAGAUGAUGGGAACAGGGAAACAGAUGAAAGAGUGGCAGUCCUGGAGUUUGAACUACGGAAAGCCAAGGAGACCAUUCAGGCCCUCCGAGCCAACCUGACAAAGGCUGCAGAACAUGAAGUUCCUUUACAGGAACGAAAAAAUUACAAAUCAAGUCCUGAAAUUCAGGAACCAAUCAAACCUCUUGAAAAGAGAGCUCUAAACUUCUUAGUCAAUGAAUUUUUAUUGAAGAAUAACUACAAGCUUACAUCAAUAACCUUUUCAGAUGAAAAUGAUGAUCAGGAUUUUGAACUAUGGGAUGAUGUAGGAUUAAACAUUCCAAAACCUCCAGACUUACUGCAACUCUACCGAGAUUUUGGAAACCAUCAGGUGACGGGGAAAGAUCUUGUGGAUGUGGCCAGUGGUGUAGAAGAAGAUGAAUUAGAGGCUCUUACACCAGUUUUAGGCAACCUUCCUCCAAGCCUUGAAACUCCUCAGACUGUAGAGAACUCCUUGCUAGUACAGAAAUUAGAAGAUAAAAUUAGUUUAUUAAAUAGUGAGAAGUGGUCUUUGAUGGAGCAAAUCAGAAGACUUGAAAGUGAAAUGGACUUCCUCAAAAAUGAACACUUUGCCAUCCCAGUGGUUUGUGACUCUGUUCAGCCUUCUUUGGAUCAUAAAGACUCUGAAGACACUGGACAGAAUCCAGUUAUAAAUAGUUCAGACAAGGAAAAAGACGAGGAUAUCCAUCUCUCAAAAUCAGAUGAAGUGGAUUCCUCUAUUCCUAAGGAGAAUUUCCCAAGUUCUCUCCCCAGGAGAGAAAGAGAAGAAAUGCCCUCUUCUUCUCCAUCAAGUAAAAACACAGUCCAUUUUGGUAAACCCAAUAGGAAAUUGUCUCCUGCUUUCCACCAAGCUCUACUUUCUUUUUGUCGAAUGUCAGCAGAUAGUCGUUUAGGAUCAGAGGUGUCUCGGAUUGCAGACAGUGAGAAAAGUGUCAUGUUAAUGCUGGGACGCUGCCUGCCACACAUUGUUCCUAAUGUGCUGUUGGCAAAGAGAGAGGAGUUGAUUCCCCUCAUAUUGUGUACAGCAUGCCUACAUCCUGAGCCUAAAGAAAGAGAUCAGCUUCUCCAUAUACUUUUCAAUUUGAUCAAGAGGCCAGAUGAUGAGCAGAGGCAAAUGAUACUGACAGGUUGUGUGGCGUUUGCACGCCAUGUUGGACCAACACGUGUAGAAGCUGAACUUUUACCGCAGUGCUGGGAACAGAUUAACCACAAAUACCCGGAAAGACGUCUACUUGUAGCAGAAUCCUGUGGAGCAUUAGCACCUCACCUUCCUAAAGAAAUCCGUAGCUCCUUGGUUCUCUCAAUGUUGCAACAAAUGUUAAUGGAAGAUAAGGCAGAUUUAGUAAGAGAAGCUGUGAUUAAAAGCCUUGGCAUCAUUAUGGGAUACAUUGAUGAUCCAGACAAAUACCAACAGGGUUUUGAAUUGCUGCUCUCAGCCUUGGGUGAUCCCUCAGAAAGAGUAGUUAGUGCAACACAUCAAGUAUUUUUACCGGCCUAUGCUGCCUGGACUACAGAACUUGGAAAUUUACAGUCUCAUCUUAUACCUACAUUGCUGAACAAGAUAGAAAAACUUCUCAGGGAAGGAGAGCACGGGCUGGAUGAACAUAAGCUCCACAUGUAUCUUUCCGCUUUGCAGUCCUUGAUCCCCUCUCUCUUUGCGUUAGUGCUGCAGAAUGCGCCUUUCUCCAGCAAAGCCAAGCUUCAUGGUGAAGUGCCACAGAUAGAAGUGACUAGGUUCCCUCGGCCUAUGUCGCCUCUUCAAGAUGUGUCUACUAUAAUUGGAAGUCGUGAGCAAUUGGCAGUGCUCUUACAACUUUAUGAUUACCAGCUGGAACACGAGGGUACAACAGGCUGGGAGACUUUACUGUGGGUUGUCAAUCAAUUGUUGCCACAACUUAUAGAAAUAGUUGGCAAAAUUAAUGUUACUUCAACUGCCUGUGUCCAUGAAUUCUCCAGAUUUUUCUGGCGCCUUUGCCGGACAUUUGGCAAAAUUUUUACAAACACUAAGGUCAAACCUCAGUUCCAGGAGAUUUUAAGACUGUCUGAAGAAAACAUUGAUUCCUCAGCAGGAAAUGGGGUCCUCACUAAAGCUACUGUCCCCAUUUAUGCAACAGGAGUCCUUACGUGUUAUAUUCAGGAAGAAGACCGAAAACUGUUAGUGGGAUUCUUAGAAGAUGUAAUGACCCUGCUUUCAUUAUCGCAUGCUCCUCUUGAUAGCUUGAAGGCUUCUUUUGUGGAACUGGGUGCAAAUCCAGCCUACCACGAGUUAUUAUUAACUGUUUUAUGGUAUGGUGUUGUCCAUACUUCAGCACUUGUGAGAUGUACCGCUGCUAGAAUGUUUGAGCUGACUCUUCGAGGCAUGAGUGAAGCGUUAGUUGACAAGCGGGUUGCUCCGGCCCUUGUUACCUUGUCCAGUGAUCCUGAAUUCUCUGUCCGGAUUGCCACAAUUCCGGCCUUUGGCACUAUUAUGGAAACGGUUAUUCAAAGAGAGUUGCUGGAAAGAGUGAAAAUGCAGUUGGCUUCUUUUCUGGAAGAUCCUCAGUACCAAGACCAGUAUUCUUUGCAUACAGAGAUCAUAAAAACAUUUGGUAGAGUUGGGCCUAAUGCAGAGCCAAGGUUCCGAGAUGAGUUUGUUAUACCACACUUGCAUAAGUUAGCCUUGGUGAACAACUUACAAAUUGUGGAUUCUAAAAGACUGGAUAUUGCCACCCAUCUUUUUGAAGCUUACAGUGCACUUUCCUGUUGUUUCAUUUCAGAGGAUUUAAUGGUUAAUCACUUUUUACCUGGUCUCAGAUGUUUACGGACCGACAUGGAGCAUCUUUCUCCGGAGCACGAGGUUAUUUUAAGUUCCAUGAUAAAGGAAUGUGAACAAAAAGUAGAGAACAAGACCGUCCAAGAGCCUCAAGGCUCAAUGUCAAUUGCUGCAAGCUUAGUGAGUGAAGAUACAAAGACCAAGUUUUUGAACAAAAUGGGCCAGUUGACAACAUCAGGUGCCAUGCUGGCCAAUGUGUUUCAGAGAAAGAAGUAAAAGCAGGAAGGAAGCCCCCAGUAAACACUAAGAUGGACCUCAAGCAGACUGGUUCCUUGUACUUGAAGUACUUGCCUUUUUUAUUUCCUUGUUUUAUGUUCUUGCAUUAUAAUUUUAUCCUAACCUCCAAAGAUAUUUGCACUGCUUUUGAUUAUUGCUGUAUAUCUGUUAAUUUUGGAGUUAUAACUGUGGUGAUAGAAAAUUGAGUUUAUAGUCUGUACCAAGUCCCUCUUCUGUGUUCUCGUCUUUCAGAAUAAUUUAUAUAUAUAUAUAUAUAUAUAUAUAUAUAUAUAUAUAUAUAUAGUGAAGAGGUUUUUUUUAAUUUUUGGAUGGGAUAUUAGCAAAUAUCUGUAUUAUACACUAAGCUAUUACAAUGGUACUUAAAAUAAUGUAAAUUUGAAGUCACUGUUAUAAAGUAAUAAAAGUGGAGAUUACUUAAGUAUUUAAAUUAUGAAAGAAUAAUACAGACUUUUUAUUGUUUCGUAACUGACUAGAAAGAGCCACCAGCAUUACUCUGUGCCUUUUGGACUUCAGUUUGUGUGUCCGUAGGAAUUGUAUGCAUUCCAUUCACACGGUGUUUUAUAAUGCCGUGAUGAAUUUGAGUUACAAAUCCUACAGUAAGUAGAUAAUAAUGAAACUUUCCACAUUUCAGAGCUCUCAUGAAUAUUCUUUAAGUGCUAUUCAAACCUCCCCAGCAUUUACAUGCAUAUAAUGGACUUACCUGAGGAAAGACCGCACAGUAACAUGGGGAGUGAUAACCAAGGUGAAUUUUACAAACUGAUGUGUAAUAGAUUUAAAUAUUCAAAAAUAAAUGUAAGUAAGAAGAGCUAAUAAUUGUGAAAUUCUUUCCCAAAUUUAAAUACACAGGAAAACAUGGUUUGAAUUUGAAAUUUAACACUUAUUUAUGUAAAAUAUUUUAUUUAAGAUAUUUUCUAACGAUUUUAAUUUCAGAGAUUAUCUUUUCAUUCUGUGUGUUACAAAGAAGUACCGAAAAGUUAAGGACAUUUGGGGGCUGCUUUUUUUCCCUCUAAACUAAAAACGACAUUAGCUAAAUUCUUAUUGGUUAGUUAACACCUUGUCCCUUAAAGUCAGUGACUAUUCUUGUGUUUGAUACAUAUUACACAGAGUCUUAAGUCAGUGUACAAUUCCACUGGAAUUUGAGAGUUGUCUAUAAAAUAAUGCAACUUGAAGUAGAGAAGAGUGGUACUGGCCAUAGAAGGGGGAUGAUUGGUUUGAGGGGUUAAUGUGAGGCCUUUUUGAAAAAAUGAAUAUUUUGAUAAAGAGAAUUCUUGUUUGAGCACAGUUGAUGCACAUAGGUGAUUCCCAUGUUUGUUGUAUAAACUGGUUUAAUACAUUUGGAACAUAGUUGGAUUACAUUCUCUUCCUGGGAAAGUUAGCUUACCACACAUUCAGGCUUAUAAAAUAAGUUGCCCUAGACAAAGCCAUUUAAAAAGUUCAUUCUGAAAUUAUUUCUUUUACCUAUAGUGAAAUAAUUGUUGAAAUUAGUCUUUCAGAAACUGUUGGAUUCUAGGCAUUCCUGAGAAAUUGAAAGUGGCUACCUUUCAUGUCAAAAAUGUUGAUCUAUUUAAAUAAACUGUUUUUGCAUACUUGUUUUUGUUUUGUUUUUGGCUAUGUGUAUUGUAUUUUCAUUUUGAAACACUAUAUAUCCUAUAUCCAAGCAGAAGGAAAUGAGAAAGCAUAUAUUCACUAAAACAUACUAAUAUGUUAUUUUAGGAAUAUAGUCUAUAUAAAUUAUUUAUUUAGUUUACUUUUACUAAAAACAGAUUGUUGCUAUAAAAUUAACAUAUUGCGGAGACAGUUUAAAGGAAGUGUUAAGGCUCUCAUUUACUUUGAAAUACAGUAGAAUAAAUAUGUCCAUUACCAGAUGAAUGACUAUAAUUAUUUUUAUUAAUUCAUGAAUCUAUUUAUCUAAACGCUAAUGGUUUCCUUAAAACACAACAGCUAGUAAGAUACACAGUGUGUUUCAAGGGAGUCUCCCUUAUGCUGUUCAAUAUCUUAAUGUCAGUAAGACUUCACAUUUAUUCUCACAGUUAUUUUUGAAGCAAACUGUAGAUUCUUUAAAGACAAGACAGACUAACCACACUGAUCACGGAGACUGUGUGUUCUUCCAAAACAGACCAUAAAACUCCCGUACCCACUCUUUUUUUAAACAAAUAAAAAUGGUACAAGUUUAAGUAUUCAACUUAACAAAAAAACGAAGUUUGCAAAGUAACGAAAAGCUAAUUUGAAAUUAUGCCUGUGUUUCUAAAGCAAGCCAGAGAUUAAAAUUUUUCCAAAACCCAGAAAUGCCAUCACUAGCAAUUUUGCUGAAUUAUUUCAAGAACGAUGCUUGAAUGGUAGCAACAUCUAACUUUAUAGAUCAAUGUCCUUGACCUUUAUUUGUUUGCAUCAGUCACCCCUUUUGAAAGAUUACUUUGCUAAACAUCAAGUGGACUUACAACCUGAAUGAAAUUGUAAGUAAUUUUAAUGAAAUUUCAAUUCAAGUUGCUGUCAAAUUUCUUAACAGAAAAAAAAAAAAAAAAAAAAAAACUGGUUCAAAUAAAUAGUCUGUGAUAAAGUUUGGGGAGGUGAAAUCACUGUAUUGAAUUGCCUUUUCAUGACCCCCAAUUUUUAAGAUAACCUAUUUUCAACCAUUACUGGAACUUUAAGAACAGAACUUUCUCUAGACACCAUCUUGUUGAUCUUUGAACUGUGAGAGCUAACUGCGGUGAAUAUCUUGUGUUGGUCACCAAUUUCUUAACUAUUUUUUGUAGAAAGAAUGUAUGUUUAAAGAGGUUUGUAAUUAGCAAUUUUAAUUCAUAAAGUUCUCUAGAUUGGCUAGGUAACAACAUUCCAACUUUGUGUCAGAUGUUAACUCUUUCAUAAGCAAACCAUGAAAUAAUUUUAGUUUUUCAUAUUAAUAGAUAUGUGUUUGAAAGUCCUAAUGUAACUUUACAGUGUGCUUGUUUUGUUACUAUUUUAUUUCAGUGCAUUUUUAAAAUAAUAGAUUAAAGAUAUUUGUUACUAAUAAAAUAUAAUGUAUCUGGUAGAUUUCUACACAUUGGCAAAUAACUGGAUUUUAGGCUAUUUUCAUACUACAUAUGGAUGUUUUGCAUGAAUUUCAUCUGUGGAAUUAGCACUCUAGUCAUAAUGUCUUGAAUGACACAUCAGUCUUUUCAUAUUUUCCCUUCAAAACUAUAAGAA